AAAAGAGGAGGAGUCACCGGAUUGGGUCAAUAACAGCUAACAAGCAAGCAAGUGAAGUUCAGUUCAUCUUAACCAACUCAGAAUCAAAGAUACCUACAAAAUGGUUUGCAAGGGUUGUGGAACAAACUGCCAGUGCUCGGCUCAGAAGUGCGGGGACAAUUGCGCCUGCAACAAGGAUUGCCAAUGCGUCUGCAAGAACGGACCCAAGGACCAGUGCUGCAGCAACAAAUGAAGGAGCCAACUAACCAAAUAACUUCUAAGCUAACUCUCAACUCCCUCCGAGUUGGCCGUAAUAAAUAAAGUUUAUGAAGAUUUUGGGCAUUUAAAA